AUGAGGCGCACAGGAGGUGGGGCAGCCGACAGCUUGCCAGCAUUGUCGGCUUUAGAUAAAAGAUUAGUGGCGGUGAUGGGCGGGCUAGACUUCGCUGCUGGCGAUCAAAAUUUAAGGGUGAAUCCAUUUUCUGAAUUGGUUAGUGCAGCUCAGGAAACGAGGUCUUUUAGACCAGCCGUCGAGUCUUCUGUUAUUAGUGAAGAUUCAGAUAUGCAGCACAGUAUGCAAUCUAUAACAGAAGACCCUGGCCCCUUUACGCAUACCUCGAACAACAGUCACAAUGCCUGCAUCAUCCACCCCGCUUCCAAGCAACAUACCCAGACCAAGCCGGCGUGUUGUGAGAACCGUUAA